CAAAUAUUCAAUACCAUAUUACAUAUUUACAUUUACAAUAAAUUAUUACAUGUAGUCAUGCACCUUUUUCUUCACUUUUUGCACUACAUGAAAAUGAUGAGAUCACACAAAUUCAACUACCUCAGCUGAAAACACUGUAAAUGCUGAGCUCAAUUGUCCAACGCCCAAAACCCAGAAAAUUCAUUUCUUUUUUCUUAGUACAGCUUCCCAAUUUCCCAGAAAACAAUCCCACAUUUCCAAUUUUAGGAUUUCCCAAAUUCCCAAUUCAUUUCCACAUUGAUUGAUCCCCACAUCAUCACUGACUUAUUCUCAAUUCUCGACUUUCGUGCACGCAAUCUUCAAUUAUUUUAUUUACAGAAAGCUUUCAAUUUUACAGAAAUCUCCCAAAAAAAAUCGCCAUUGUUGAAAUUUUCGCCGCGUGGAGGAACCCUAGAUUGGUGGGGUUAGAUAACCUAUGUAAGUUUUUGGUUGAAUUUUGAAUUAAAGCAAGAUAUAGUAGCUCUGUUAUUGUUGAAGAAAUCUACCUAAUUUUUAUCAAAAUGCUGACUUAUUAGUGUUUUUUAUUGAUCUGGGUAGUUAUAAUUAUAUAAAUCUUGAACUGGGUUAUCAAAAUUUUGUGUGGAUUAUGCAUGAUUGAAAAGAAUUAUAUAUAUAGAAUUGAUUGAUCUUGUUGGAUUAUAAUGGUGGGAAAUGCUGAAGCUGAGAAUCAUAAUGGGUAUCCAAAUGGGUCGGUUAAUGGAGUAUUAGAGGAGAAAUUGGAUGAGCUUCGAUGUUUUCUAGGUAAAGCAGAGGGUGAUCCUUUGAGAAUUGUUGGAGUUGGGGCUGGUGCUUGGGGGAGUGUGUUUGUGGCAUUGCUGCAAGAUAGUUAUGGUCAGUUUCGAGACAAGGUUUCGAUUAGGAUAUGGAGGAGACCGGGUAGGGUAGUCGAUCGAGCGACUGCUGAACAUCUGUUUGAAGUGAUUAAUUCAAGGGAGAAUGUGCUGAGGAGGCUAAUUAGGAGGUGUUCAUACUUGAAGUAUGUAGAAGCUAGGUUAGGGGAUCGUACAUUGUAUGCUGAUGAGAUUUUGAAAGACGGGUUUUGCUUGAACAUGGUUGACACCCCUAUUUGUCCUUUGAAAGUUGUAACAAACUUGCAAGAGGCUGUUUGGGAUGCUGAUGUUGUGAUUAAUGGUUUGCCAUCAACUGAGACUCGGGAGGUUUUUGAAGAGAUUAGUCGGUUUUGGAAGGAAAGGAUUACUCCACCAGUCAUUAUUUCUUUGGCAAAGGGUAUCGAGGCUGAAUUGGAGCCAGUGCCGCGGAUUGUGACUCCUACUCAAAUGAUUCACCGAGCUUCCGGAGUUCCUUUGGAAAACAUUCUCUAUCUGGGAGGGCCAAAUAUUGCUGCAGAGAUUUAUAACAAAGAAUAUGCUAAUGCCAGAAUUUGUGGAGCUGAGAAAUGGAGAAAGCCUCUGGCCAAGUUUCUGAGACAGCCACAUUUUAUUGUGUGGGAUAAUGGUGACCUUGUCACACAUGAAGUUAUGGGAGGUUUGAAGAAUGUCUAUGCCAUUGGAGCUGGAAUGGUAGCAGCUUUAACAAAUGAAAGUGCCACCAGUAAAUCUGUAUAUUUUGCACACUGCACAUCAGAGAUGAUAUUCAUCACACACCUUUUGGCAGAAGAGCCAGAGAAACUUGCAGGUCCUUUGCUGGCUGAUACAUAUGUUACCCUGUUGAAAGGUCGUAAUGCAUGGUAUGGCCAAAUGUUGGCUAAGGGUGCUCUGAGCCUUGAUAUGGGUGACAGCAUCAAGGGCAAGGGUAUGAUACAGGGUGUCUCAGCUGUGAAAGCAUUUUAUGAAUUACUUGGCCAACCCUCCAUCAGUGUUUUACAUCCUGAAGAAAAGAAGCCUGUUGCUCCCGUUGAACUUUGUCCCAUCUUAAAGAAACUUUAUAGCAUACUUAUAACUAGGGACUUCCCUUCUCAAGCUAUACUUCAAGCACUGAGAGACGAAACAAUGCAUGAUCCCCGAGAACGCAUCGAGAUGGCACAGUCCCAUGCAUUUUACAUACCCUCACUUCUUGGGCAGUAAGAAUAGCACCUGACUUCUGAUGUAGCCAUUAUGACACGUUUUGUGAAUGUGCAACGAAUCACCUUAUAGAGCUCGUGUGAUAUCAUUCCAGGAUAUCUUGUUGAAGAAAUCAGGGUUGAUUAAGUAUUAGUAUACAUCACUUAUUGGCCGUGUUUAACUGUGUUUAGAUUGCAAUGAUGUAAUAGACAAUUGUGAAGUUUGUAGUCAUAUCUCAUAUGUAGCAACUGUGCAGAGGGUUCUCCCUUCAAACUGUCAAUAACUAGUUAAGUUAGUAGCCCUUGUAAUAGAUGAUCAUCUAUAUAUUAGUUCAUUUAUUUAUUUGUUGGUAAAAUUUGUGUAUUGUAGCUGAGCAAACUGUCUAAGGAAUGUUGUUUUGUGUGGUUUAGACACUCCACUGAGUCCUGUAAGCCUUAUGGGUAGGUUUUAUAGUUUUGAUGGAGUUAUCCAACAUUUUGUAUGGGUGAACAUUAUUCUUCUAUUGGUGUUUUUAAUUUUAAAGCACAGUACAUGCUCUUGGUUUUUUUUUUUUUUUUUUUUUUUUUUUUUU